GGACUCACACAGGAGAGAAGCCAUAUAAGUGUUGUGAUUGUGGGAAAAGUUUCAGUCAGAAUUCCAACUUGUUGAUUGAUACACCAGAAAAUUCACAUGGGAGAGAAAUCAUAUCAAUGUCCAGAUUGUGGGGAAAGUUUCAGCCAGAGUUCCAACUUGGCGAAACACCAGAGGACACAUACAGGAGAGAAACCAUAUGAGUGUUUGGAUUGUGGGAAAAGUUUCAGUCGGAAUUCCAACCUGGUGAUUCACCAGAGGACUCAUACAGGAGAGAAACCAUAUGAGUGUUUGGAUUGUGGGAAAAGUUUCAGUCGGAAUUCCAACCUGGUGAUUCACCAGAGGACUCAUACAGGAGAGAAACCAUAUGAGUGUUUGGAUUGUGGGAAAAGUUUCAGUCGGAAUUGCAACCUGGUGAAACAUCGGAGGACUCACACAGGAGAGAAACCAUAUGAGUGUCUUGAAUGUGGGAAACGUUUCAAUUUAGCAUGCAAUCUGGUGAAACACAAGAAAACUCACACUAGGGAGAAACCCUUCGAAUGUCUGGAUUGUGGGAAAAGUUUCACACGGAAUUCUGACCUGGUGAUACACCAGAGGACUCACACGGGAGAGAAACCAUAUGAGUGUCCAGAUUGUGGGAAAAGUUUCAGUCAGAAUUCCCACUUGGUGGCACAUCAGAGGAUUCACACAGGAGAAAAACCAUAUGAAUGUCCAGUUUGUGGAAAAAGUUUCUCUCAGAAUUCCCCCCUGGUGGAUCAUCAGAGGACUCACACAGGAGAGAAACCAUAUAAGUGUCCAGAUUGUGGGAAAGGUUUCACUCACAAUUCUAGCCUGGUGGUACACAAGAGGAUUCACACAGGAGAGAAACUAUAUAACUGUCCGGAUAGUGAGAGAUAUUUUAGUCAGAAUUCCAAGCUAGUGAUACACCAGAGGACUCACACAAGAGAGAAACUAUACAAAUGUUCGGAUUGUGAGAAAAGUUUCACUGGCAAUUCCAACCUGGUGAUUCACCAGAGGACUCAUAUGGGAGAGAAACCAUUUGAGUGUUUGGAUUGUGGGAAAAGUUUCAGUCGGAAUUACCACCUGGUAGAACAUCAGAGGACUCACACAGGAGAGAAACCAUAUGAGUGUCCAGAUUGUGGGAAAAGUUUCAGUCAGAAUUCCAAUCUGGUGAGACAUCGAAGGACUCACACAGUAGAAAAACCAUAUGAGUGUUCUGAUUGUGGGAAAAGUUUCCAGGAUAAUUCCAACCUGGUGAAACAUCAGAGGACUCAUACAGGAGAGAAACCAUAUGAGUGUCCAGAAUGUGGGAAAAGUUUCAGUCAGAAUUCCAACCUGGUGAUUCACCAGAGGACUCAUACAGGAGAGAGACCAUAUGAGUGUUUGGAUUGUGGGAAAAGUUUCAGUCAGAAUUCCAGCCUGGUGAUUCACCAGAGGACUCAUACAGGAGAGAAACCAUAUGAGUGUUUGGAUUGUGGGAAAAGUUUCAGUCGGAAUUGCAACCUGGUGGAACAUCGGAGGACUCACACAGGAGAGAAACCAUAUGAGUGUCUUGAAUGUGGGAAAAGUUUUAGUCAGAAUUCCCAUUUGGUGAUACAUUGGAGGACUCAUACAGGAGAGAAACCAUAUGAGUGUCCGGAUUGUGGGAAAGAUUUCAGUACUAGGUCUAGCCUUAUAAAUCAUGUGAGGUUACACAUAGGGGAGUAACCCUUCAACUACCCAGAUUUCAGACAAUUAUUGUUUUGCACAACAUUGCUCCCUUAUCACACACAAGAAAUUCCACUUGAGGCAAAACUUGAUGUGUGUAGAGGAAUCUUGAAUUUUGUUUCUUGUGUCUCAUUUGUUACCCAGCUGAGCAAUUUACCAUUUAAUUUCUUGCAUGAUUCUUUUUAGUUAAAAUCCGCCCUGUAGCACUGUAUGGCACUGAAUGUUGGGCAGCAACAACAAGGGACCGAAAGCUAUCUCCAUGCCAUGGAAAUGUGAACGCUUCGUUGGAUAUCGGGCAUCUCCCUUCUUGACCACAUCACAAACGACAACAUUUUGUUGUGGCACCAAUUAUAGAGAAGGUGAGAGAAGGCUGACUCUGCUGGUAUGGACAUGUCCAGAGAGCAGCACCUUCCAUCAUGGCCAAGACUUCCUACGAAGUAGAAGUCAAUGGUUGGUGACCUCACAGGCAUCCAAAACAGAGAUGGCAAGAUACCAUCAACAAAGAUAUGCAAGCCAUUAGCCUGUGCCUUGGAGACACAGCUGACCGUGCAAAAUGGUAUUCAGUAAUGUGAAAAGUGGACUCUGCACCUGCGGGAAUACGCUAGAAAGAAGAUUCUUUUUACUGAAACAUGUCUUGGUAUCAAACAUGAGGAAUAGAAUAGAAUAGAAUAACAGAAUAGAACAGAAUAGAAUGAUCUGUAUUAAUUAUAUUUGCCACCUUGAGUUAUUUCUACAUAUAAUAAAGGGGGAUAUAAAUAUAUAUGGAUUUUUCUACAGGAACAAAAUGUAUCUGGCAACCCCACUCAUAUGACUCCAUAUGGUUUACAGCAAUAAAACCCUAUUACAGAAACCAAUGAAUCCCAUAUGUAGCAGGUGGCAAAAUGCAAAGCCUCUGCAUUUACAAUACAGAUCACUUCUAGUAAAGUUGAUGGCAAUUUGAUGAUCUCGGAAUCCCGAAAUGGUGAUUCUUGCUUUUGUUCAAUUUUGAACUUAACCAGGCCUCCUGUCCUUACUAAUUAUGUUCAUUGUCAGGUGCCAUUCUUGCUCAAAACUGGUUAUCUUUCUCCUUGCAAGAAGUCAAAUUGGAGUAGUCAACCUCAGGAUUAGCGGCAUAUAAAUUUAAUAAAUAUAAACAAAAACCUGGUUCCAAAUCAA